CAGCUGACAGUUUGAACACGCGGUUACACGGUCUCAGAGCAAAGAGCGACAAUGGAAAAUUAUGAAGACAGAGGUGACUCUUCGCCAUCACAGACUACAGGCGCUAAAAUGUCCAGGCAACAGAUACUGACAGUUAUUGCAAUGGCCUCCAUAAACUUCAGUUCAAUGAUUUGCUAUUCCAUUCUGGGACCAUUUUUCCCAAAUGAGGCAAAGAAGAAAGGUGUCAGUCAAGCUAUGAUAGGCUUAAUAUUCGGGAUUUAUGCAUUAUGCACUUUAGUGGGCUCUUUGAUACUUGGUAAAUAUAUUGUCCAGAUAGGAGCCAAGUUUAUGAUUGUGGCAGGGCUUUUCUUGUCGAGUGGGUGUACUGUACUCUUCGGGUUUCUUGACAGAGUGUCUGACGGGACAGUAUUCAUUGCUCUCUGCUUUGUCACACGCUCCAUUAAUGCAGUUGGCUUUUCCGCCGCCAUUACAUCAUCUUUUGCUGUUUCAGCGAAGGUUUUCCCCGACAACAUAGCAACUGUUUUGGGCUUUAUGGAGAUUUUUACAGGACUUGGCCUGAUACUGGGGCCUCCAUUGGGCGGUUGGCUGUAUCAGGCAUUCGGAUAUGAAAUCCCAUUCGUUUUCACAGGAUGCCUUCUGUUUGCAACUGUUCCUCUCAAUAUUUGGAUUUUGCCAAGCUUUGAUGCUGUUCCUUCCCAGAAUUCCUUCCUCAGAUUGUGUACCAGAAUAAAGAUCCUCCUCAUCUGCUUUGUGGUGUUCACGAUGAGUUCAGGACUUGGCUUCCUGGAUGCAACGCUGUCUAUAUUUGCCAUUGAAAAGCUAAAGCUCAGCGCUGGCUCAGUGGGACUCCUCAUGAUUGGACUGUCUCUGCCGUAUGGGGCGGCGUCACCUGUCUUUGGUGUGAUCAGUGAUAAAUAUCCUUCAUUUAGGAAGUGGAUGAUGGUUAUUGGGGGAAUGGCAACAGCGGUGAGCUUCUGUUUCCUCGGACCACUUCCUUUUUUCCAUAUUACAAGUCAGCUCUGGCUCACCGUCCUCAUGCUGGUGAUUGUGGGCUUUUCUCUGUGUAUGACCUGCAUCCCCACCUUCGCUGAGAUGAUCGCUUGUGCACAUGAAUAUGGGUUUGAGGAGAGCUUGAGUACUCUUGGACUGGUGUCAGGACUGUUUUCUGCUGUCUGGUCUGCUGGGAUGUUUUUCGGGCCGACUAUUGGAGGAUACAUCACAGAAGCACUGAACUUUGAAUGGAGCGCUGGGGUUCAAGGCGCACUCGCUUUUCUUGCUGCUUCACUACAAGUAAUAUAUUUCACAAUAGAGGACAUACAAAAAAAGUCUAAAAAGGCCAACGAGAAUGAAAUGUCAGGAGAAAAAUCUCCUCUUCUCCCCAAGACAGAUGAUCUCAGAGCAGACAUCAGCUGAGAUAAACCAACGCAAGCUUUUAAACAGAAGAACACACUUCAUCAUAUUGCUGCUAAACACAGGUGAUGUGGAAGAUAACCAACAUGAAGGUCAAUUUAACCAAAAGCAUCUCGUUUUAUUUUGAGAUGGACUUUUUCACGCAGUGUAUGAUAAAAGUCUUGUAAGCAGAUGGCACUCAAGAUGAUACAAUAUGUAUGAAAGCUGAAUCGAUAUCUCUUUACACAAGAGCUGAGAUGUGACUGUUCAUAAAACAUUUAACAGUGUGAUUAUCAUUUACCCAAUUUAUAGAAAAAUAGAUUGUAAUAUCCAUAUUCUAUUACUAGACAAUGCUGCCCAAAUAGGGUUAGUUGUAUAAUUUGCUUUAUUCAUAUUAAAUGCUGUUUGGAUGAUCAAAUACUGCACUUUACAGUAGCAGCAAGGACAUUCACACACUUCAGGCAAAGAGUGAAUCACUUGUUUAACUUUAUAUGGGUAUACAUUUCUGACGCAUCAAGAGUUCCUUGUGUAUUUAAUUCAUUAGAUCUUAUACAGUGUGUCUGAUUACAGUACAAUAGAGCUAUAUCUGAAAUCUUUUGGACUAGUAAAAGAAUGUGGGAUUUUUGUUACUUAACUCGGAUUACCCGUCUAGCCCUAGUUUGUGUGUGUGACUGACCUCAUUAUACUUGAUUUAACAGAUAAACCACGGUAACCAUUUCUACAGUUGCACAUUUUACACAUUAUCAUAGUGAGAUCCUUUAGCUCAAACUAUGGUGGCUGAGAGAG